AUAGCGGCUUCAAGAUGUUCGCAACAUGGCCCCCACUGAAUAAUGAUCUUUAAAAUAAUUUAUAUGGCAACAGUAAACUACAACGAGCGAAAAAAAAGUAAACAGAAAAUUGUUGUUGUUGCGAAACUGCACUCGAAAUCUGAGGUGUUAAUCGCUUUCAUAUUGCACUUUCAAUCUAUCGCCUUACAAAAACGAUGGCUGGAAAUAUUGCCGCAGGUUCUUUAUUUAUUCGUUUGAUGUCUGCAUCUGUUGCGGCUGCUAAUCAUGCUGGUAAAAUUAUUAGAGAUAUAUUAAAAAAAGGAGAUUUAGGAAUCGUAGAAAAGGGUUUUAAUGACUUACAAACAGAAGCUGACAGAUCUGCGCAAAGAUUAAUUGUGAAUUCCCUGUUGAAGCAUUUUCCCAAAGUUACUGUUAUUGGGGAAGAGACACUCGAAAAGGUCGACAAAGAUGAAGAAAUUCAAGUAAAUUUAGAUGACUGUGAGAUAAUUGGAAUUAAAUGUCCUGAAUAUUUAGCAGCUGUUAAAGAAGAAGAUGUUGUUAUUUGGGUUGAUCCAUUAGAUGGAACUGCUGAAUAUACACAAGGCUUGUUAGAUCAUGUUACUGUUUUAAUUGGACUUGCUGUGAAAGGAAAAGCCGUGGGUGGUGUUAUUCAUCAGCCCUAUUAUGAUUAUCAGGAAAGACCCAACGCUGAGUAUAAUGCCACUGAAGUUGAAUAUCUUCGGGCUAAUUUCAUAAAGAAUCAAGAUGAUUUGGCUAAGUUAGGUCGAACCAUGUGGGGUAUUGUUGGAGCAGGGAGUAGCGGAAUCAAUCAUAAAUUUCCUCCAGAGAACAAACGAAUAAUCACAACAACUCGCUCUCACUCUAAUCCAGUCAUAAAUGCAACAAUUGCAGCGUUAAAACCUGACGAAGUGUUACGUGUUGGAGGUGCAGGACAUAAAGUACUGCUUUUGAUUGAAGGUAAAGCACAUGCCUAUGUUUUUCCUAGUAAAGGAUGCAAGAAAUGGGAUACUUGUGCACCAGAAGCACUACUGCAUGCUUUUGGGGGGAAAUUGACAGAUAUCAAAGGAAAACCCAUCCAGUACCAUGCUGAAGUCGAACAUCUUAAUUCAGGUGGUGUCUUGGCAACACAUUUAGAAAAUGUUCAUGAUUGGUAUGUUGAAAAUAUUCCAAGUGAAGCAAAACAAUCCCUACAGUAAAAACAAAAAAUGAUGUAACAUUUUGUGCAAUUAUGUUUACUUUUUACAAAAAGCAUAUUAUAAAAUGUAAUUAUUAUAUCAGUUAAUUUAUAGUAGUUUUUUAGUACAAGUAUGAAAGUGAUAAUGAAGAUAAAUUUGUUGUAUAUGAAGUAUUUUUAAUAAAACAUUUUAUUUGGUU